AUGAGCACGAUUACAACGGCGGCACCGUAUCUCUCUUUGCUGGGGGAGUCGGAUCCACAGCUUAAAGUAUAUGCUUUGGAGUCAUUGAAUUCGGUGGCGGAUGAAUUAUGGGCUGAAAUUGCAAACAAUAUUUCAGAUAUCGAGGAACUUUAUGAAGAUCAUACGUUUGGAAAGCGUGAGCUGGCUGCUUUGCUAGCUUCCAAAGUUUAUUAUAAUUUGGGAGACUACCAGGCAGCUGUCAAGUAUGCAUUACUUGCAGAUUCGGAAUUAGAUCUUGACAAGAAGACCGAAUACGUUCAGACAAUCGUCUCACAAUGUUUAGAACAGUACAUUCAACAAUCACAAAAGCACUUUGUUGAUGAGAGUGUUGAAAUUGAUUCACAUCUCGUUUCGAUUUUUGAAAGGAUGGUUAAGAAAUGUGUCGACGACGCUGAUAAUAAAUUGGCAUUGGGAAUUUCAUUGGAAGCUUACCGUUUGGAUGUCAUUCAAAGGAUCUUAGAAAAUGUCAAGACAGCCAACCAGGAGACCGCAAGGGGACUUGUGGCUUAUGUUCUUAAUGCAGCAACAGCCACAACAGCAUCUAAUAUUGAGUUGAAGACUGAAUGCUUGCACAACCUAGCGGAAUUUCUUCUAUCGCUUAAAAGUCCGGAUUAUUUUCUUUUAACCAAGAUUGUCGUUCAGUUGAACGACUCGGAACUUGUGAUCCGGGUGUUUAAGGAUUUGCUUUCAACACCAUCGAAUGUUCCUAUCGCUUAUCAAAUUGCCUUUGACCUCGUUGGUGCUGCAUCGCAGCAAUUACUCGCAAAUGUCACAACUGCGUUUGAGGAACAGACAAAGACUAGUGAUCCCGAUAAAGCCGUUUCGAUGCUGCUCAGAAUUCUUUCAGGUGUUCCUACGUGUGACCUGGAUUUGACAUUUUUGUCUGACAAUAAUGCGUCUGAUAUAGACAUAAUGAAUGCAACAAGAAAGGCUAUGGAUGGACGCAGCUCUCUAUAUCAUUCGGCUGUGUCGCUCACGAAUGCACUGAUGCACUCUGGAACGACGGACGAUUCCUUCUUUCGCUCGAAUUUGGAGUGGCUGGGACGUUCUUCGGCCUGGUCAAAAUUUACAGCCACUGCAGCUUUUGGUGUUAUUCAUAAAGGAAGUUUAAAUCAGGGUAGAGGCGUUUUGGAGCCAUAUCUUCCUGGUAGUACUUCUUCGGCGUACGCUAAUGGUGGCGCACUUUAUGCUCUUGGCUUAGUCUAUGCCGGUCACGGAAAGGAUGUGCUCAAAUAUCUUCGCAAGCAGAUUGUGGACAACGCCGAUGGCACCGACAAUAAGGACACAGAUGUAAUUCUUCAUGGUGCUUGCCUUGGUGCAGGUUUAGCUGCCAUGGGUUUGGCAGAUUCAGAAGUUUAUGAGGAGUUGAAAACUACUCUUUACUCAGAUUCGGCAAUAUCCGGAGAAGCUGCCGCAUUUGCGAUGGGUUUGGUGAUGCUUGGGUCAGGAAACAUGACUGCUGUCCACGACAUGUUUACCUAUGCCAAGGAAACACAACACGAAACGAUUGUUCGUGGAUUAGAUAUAGGCAUAGCCCUCAUUUGCUUGGGAAAAGAGGAUGCUGCUGAGCCUAUCAUCAGCAAGCUUUUGGCUCACCAGGAUGCAAACUUGAGAUACGGUGGCUGCUUUGUGUUGGCUUUGGCGUACUGUGGAACAUCGAAUAAGGAUGCGAUUAGACGCCUUUUGCAUGUUGGAGUGUCCGACUCUUCUGAUAAUGUCAGAAGAGUGGCAAUCAUGGCAUUGGGCUUUGUUCUUUUGUCUAACUACAAGAGUGUUCCAACUAUUGUUGAGCUUCUAGCGCAAUCACACAAUGCCCAUGUCCGUUAUGGUGCUGCCAUGGCUCUUGGAAUUUCUAGUGCCGGUCGUGCUUUGCAGGACGCAGUUAAAGUCCUUGAUCCAUUGUCCAAGGAUCCUGUCGAUUUCGUUCGUGAAGGAGCCACUAUCGCGAAGGCCAUGAUAUUGAUCCAGCAGACAGAUAAGACAUAUCCACAUAUGAAGCAAUUCCGUGAGGAGCUUGCAUCUACUGUCGGAAACAAGCAUGAGGAGUCGUUGGCACGUUUUGGAGCAUCACUGGCACAAGGAAUACUUGAUGCAGGUGGAAGAAAUGUUACUAUUCAGUUAGAGAAUGCGCAAACUAACACUUUGAAUACAAAGGCAAUUGUUGGCUUGACAAUGUUUGUUCAAUUCUGGUAUUGGUUCCCAUUGGCACAUUUCUUAUCUCUUUCCUUUUCUCCUACUGCUAUAAUAGGUGUGACAGACAAAUUGAAGGUUCCAAAGUUUAAGAUAGAGUGCCACUCGCAAAAAGACUUAUUUGGUUAUCCACCAAAGGCCGCUUCUGAAGUAAAGCAACAAACAGAAAAGCUCACAACUGCUGUUCUAUCCACUACGGCCAGGGCUAAGGCAAGGGCUGCAUUGAAGGCUAAAGAUACUAAGGAUCAAGACAAGAUGGAUGUUGAUAAGCCGGAGAAGGAUAUAGACAGUGAGGUUGAUAACGAAGAUGCGGCUUCUGUGGAAGGCAAAAAAGGGCAUGAGUUCACAGUGCCGAACGUCGAAUUACAAAACUCGAAUUUGCGCACACUUUACCAAGAGAAACCAUAUUUGAUAGAAAAUCUGUCUAGAGUUGUUCCUGCUCAGCUCAAGUAUAUAACCUUCUCGAAGGAGGAAAGAUUCACACCAGUAAGGAAAUUUCGUGGAAUCAGUGGAAUUGUCGUUUUGAAGGAUUCGCAACCAAGCCAGCGGUUUGAAAAGAUCAAGACAAUUCGUGAGAGAGCAAAUACUGAGGCUCCAUUACCAGAUCCUUUCACUGUGGAUCCAGCUGUGGACAAGACUUUGUUUGAAAUUCCAGAUGGGGAUUGA